GAAUCGACCAAACUUAACGACUUUGACUGACCAAUAACUUUUCAAACCAUAGCAAUCACUCCCCUCGAUUACGUCUACUUCCUCUUGCUUUCCCUGCUCCUCCACCUUGAAGAAGAACUGCCAGAGAUAAUCGAAAAAAGGAUCGACAAGGGGAUAAGAGAAUGGCGUGUUUCGUGCCUUUUAACAACAGAAACUUAGACGUGAGCUUCUUCGUGUUUCGGCCGACUCUUGUCAUCGUCGAUGAAUUUUUCGAUGCUCUCAAACGCUUCUCUGCGUGCACCGAGAGUCUCGGUUGUGUCCAGAGCUCUAUAUUUACAAGCAUCCAUGGAAAUAUGAUCAUAUGGUAUGGAGCAUGGAUGAAGAAAUCCAGUGAAAACAAGGAGUCACUAAAUGCUACACUUCUAUCCAUGCUGAAGAGCACAUCGAGCAUGGCCGUUAUUGUUGAGCACAGCUUCUUCAACCCAUAUGCGGGUGAGUCCCGGGAUGGCUCGUCGGCUGCCAAGUUCUUCACUGGCGACAUCAUCUCUGUGAAUGCAGCUGAGUCCAUUGCUGCCGAUUCUUACCCUGACGAAUCCAGGAGUGACGACCUGUCUUUUGCCUGCUUGGCAAUCUUCAAGUCUCAGUUCUCCAAGACUGAGGGCGUUAAGUCGGGGGCGUGCCUUAGGUCGCAGAGCAGGCCCAGGGUAGCGUGCCUGUACAUAUGGAAAUCACUGCACUGUUGUUACUCUUGCAUUCUGAGCACGGACUACCGGAGGUCGAUGAUUCCAUACUGCGACCAGCUCUCGAUUGAGGUCAAGUACGAUCUAUUUAGGGUUGUGUUUGUGAGCACGGAGAUUGGGUCGGGAAAGUAUAAUGAUCAGUUGUAUUAUGCGGCUCAUGAUAGAGUGUUAGGGCAUGGAGAUGAAGAAAGCAAUGAAAGGGGAGCCAUGCAAAUUUAAUUGGGAGUGAGAGUGAGAGGGGAUUUUAAUUUGAAGUGAAUAUUAGUUACAAAUUAGUUAUAAGAGAAUGAACGGAAGGAAAAGAGAAAGAUGAAAGGUUAGUCUAAAUUACUGAAUCAUUAAGCUAAAAAUCAUUUGAUGAGUAAGUGUGUGUUUAUUUGGAUUUAAUUGCAAGUGCUGAAAAUUUAGGAUCUUAAUAAAAUAAGUGCUUAAUUGA